AUGAUUUCUCAACAGAGCUCCGACUCCGACUCCGACUCUUCCGACUCUGACUCUGAUGAGGAGGAGACCUCCGACUCUAAGGAAGCAUCCGAGACUGAGACCAAGGUUGAGGAGCCCUCCAAGAAGCGCAAGGCCCUCGACGACCCCGUCAUUCCCGGCAAGAAGGCCCGCACCGAUGUCUCUGACAAGAGCUCUACCCUCUUCGUCGGCUCCCUUGCCUGGGCUGUCGAUGACAACUCCCUGUACGCCGCCUUCGAGGAGUUCGCUGACCUCACCGGCGCUCGCGUCGUCACCGACAAGGCCACUGGCCGCAGCCGUGGUUUCGGUUACGUCGACUUCUCCACCCCCGAGGCUGCUGCCGCUGCCCUCGAGGGCUCCCAGGGCCGUGAGCUCUCUGGCCGUGCCAUGAACAUCGACUUCUCUGGCCAGAAGCCCCAGGGUGAGGGCAACCCCGCCGCCCGCGCCUUCGACCGCGCCCAGAAGCACGGUGACCAGGUCUCCCCCGAGAGCGACACCCUCUUCGUCGGCAACCUUCCCUUCGACGUUGACCAGGAUACCGUCCGUGCUUUCUUCGCUGAGGCGGCUGAGGUCACCAGCGUCCGUCUGCCCACUGACCCUGAGUCGGGUAAUCUUAAGGGAUUCGGAUACGUCUCCUUCGGCUCCAUUGAGGAUGCCAAGACUGCCUUCUCUCAGCUGAACGGUGGCUACGUUGGUGAGGGCCGCAGCGGUCGCGCUGUCCGUCUGGACUAUGCCGGCCAGAAGCCCCAGCGCGAGGGUGGUGGCCGCGGUGGGUUCGGUGGCGGCCGUGGUGGUGGCCGUGGCCGUGGCGGCUUCGGUGGUCGCGGCGGUGGUGACCGCGGUGGACGUGGUGGCCGUGGCGGCCGUGGAGGUUUCUCCUCCACCAACCGCGGCGGUUUCGGUGACUUCAAGGGCUCCAAGGUCACCUUCUAA